AUGUUAGCUUCGGAUAUGACGUCUCGAUCGUCCACUGAUCCAACUUUUCCACAAAAGGGCACCAUCAGAAAGGAGAAGAAGGAUGAAUCAUUUUUUGAAAAGUUGGGGACUCUUGGAAGAAAAAAGAAAUCGCAACAAGUGGAACAAGAAGCUGAAAAUGAAGCUAUUGAAGUUGAAACAGAAGGAGCAAACGCAAUUGAUUCUACAGUUAUCCCGGUUUCAGCGACUCUGCAGAAUAUUAUGCUUGAAGAGGGUGAAGAAAAAAGACUGCUGACCAUGGAAUCCCGUGACGACCCACGUGUACAGGAAGUAAUACAGCUUUUGAUUCACUGGCUGAACUAUGAAUUGGCUUCGCAAAGAAUCGUUGUGAAACACAUACAGGAAGAUUUAUAUGACGGUCAGAUCAUACAGAAAAUUACUGAAAAACUGGCUAAUAUCAAGAUUGAAGUACCUGAGGUAUCGCAAAGUGAGGAAGGACAGCGGCAAAAAUUGCACAAAGUGAUUGAGACUGUUAAUCGCAUCAUCGCUCAAGGACAGUAUGAAAAAGCAAAGUGGAAUGCUGAUCUUAUUCACAAUAAAGAUACAGUAGCAAUUAUACAGCUGUUGGUUGCGAUUGCCAUAUACUUCCGUGCUCCUGUUAGAUUUCCGGAAUAUGUGAAUGCACAGAUCCUCAUUAUACAGAAAAAAGACAAUCAGCUGAAGAGCCGUUAUAUCACCGAGCAGCUUACAACAACACAGCCAGAACUGGGUGUCAAGGGUGAGAGAGAUGCUUUCGAUACUCUGUUCGACUAUGGACCUGACAAACUGGCUCAUGUAAAGAGUUCACUCUUGGCUUUCUGUAAUAAACAUCUUAACAAAAUUAAUUUAGAAGUGACGGAUCUGGAGAAUCAAUUCAAGGAUGGCGUUUAUUUGGUGCUUUUGAUGGGUUUAUUGGAGGGAUAUUUUGUUCCGCUUUACAGUUUCGAUUUGCAGGCAUUAACAUACGAGCAGAAAAUACAUAACGUUACGUUCGCGUAUCAGCUGAUGUAUGAAGCCGAUUUGCAACGACCACGCGCGAGAGUGCAGGAUAUUGUAAACGGUGAUUUAAAAAGUACGCUGCGUAUUCUUCAUUCGUUAUUUACACGAUAUAAACAUGUAUAG